AUGAAGGUCCUCGUGGCUACCAUCUUUGUCCUUCUCUGCACCAUGGCCCUCUGCUCUUAUGCACAAGAAAGGGUUUACACCCCACCCACCUGCUUCUUCACCUACACCUCCCAGAAAAUCCCCCACAGAAAAGUGGUUAACUAUUUUAAGACCAGCAGCCAGUGCCCCAGAUCUGGUAUCAUGUAACUUAUUCACCAGAAAGGCGCAUAUAUCUGUGCCAAUCCCACUGACAACUGGGUCCAGGAAUACUUCAGGGACCUGGAGAAGAACCCCUGA